UAAGACUUUCCUACCUGUAUUUAAAAAACAUGUGCUGUUCUUGAAUCCCAUAAACUGGUAUCUUUCAUUCAUAUAUUAUAUGAAAUGCAGCUGAAUUUUUAGAGACGAGAGCCACGACACUGGAAAUUACACGACUUCGAGAGUCCGUCUUUAAAGCUGAAAGUCGAAAUGCCCCAUCUUCGGGUUGAUUAGUGUUUCACAACUGGGGUAGGGCAAUUCAAAAUUCUUUUAGCAGCAGUGUCUGGUCGAGUGAAUUGCUAGUAUUGGGAAAAUUAUAGAAUUUGUGAAUUACGAAUGGAAAUCGCAGGCAAAGGAUUUCCUUGGAGGUGGUUAUCUUCAUUUUGGCUUUGGCUGUUGAGUGGAAUACGAAAAAUAAUGUUAUGGAUAAUAAUGGGCGGUCCUAUACCCAUUCACAUUGCAAUAAUAAUGGACGGCAAUCGCAGAUUCGCGCAGAAACAGCACAUGGCGAAGAAAAGUGGCCAUGAAUUCGGAGCAGAAAGCUUAAUGCAAAGCCUUAAACAUUGUUAUGAAUUCGGCGUCAAAUAUGUGACGAUCUACGCCUUCAGCAUCGAGAAUUUCAAGAGAUCGCCAGAGGAAGUGGAAGCGCUCAUGGAGUUGAUGCGACAAAAGCUCCAAGCCCUCCUCGAGAAGGAAAGCCUAGUAAACCAGCUCGGCAUCCGGGUUCGGCUGCUUGGAAAACUAGAUCUUCUGCCCCCCAUCCUCCGCCAAACCGCCGAAAAAGUCAUGGCACGCACCAUGACCAAUAACAGAGCAAUUUUGAAUGUAUGCGUUGCAUAUACAUCUACAGAGGAAAUAACGCAGGCUGUUGCAGGAGCCGGCCGGAGGUUUGAAAUGGGCGUUUCAGUAGAUGAUAUUGAGGGGCAUUUGUACACAGUUGGCUGUCCGGAGCCUGAUCUUUUGAUUCGAACUUCUGGUGAAACCAGGCUGAGCAACUUUUUGCUAUGGCAAUUAGGUUUUUGUUAUCUGCACGCCUGCGGCGUUCUGUGGCCAGAAUUUUCCUUCAGGCAUUUGUUUAGGGCGGUUUUGGAUUACCAGAGGGCCUACCCUUAUCUCAAGCACAGACAUACAGUGCAUGGUUUAUUACACGAGCAAGAGUGUGGUUUAUUUCAUUGGUAUCAGAGCCUUGGCAUCCUGCCAACUUGUGUUGGUAAUGCAGAUCUAUGAGCUCAAUGUGAUAGAGAAUUAAGGCGUUCCAUAGUAGCAAAAGGGAGAAGAAGAAAGAGGCAGCCAUGGGUGACAGAGAUGAAGACAACUCUCAUGAAUUAUUAGGGGAACCAAAGAGUUUCAGUCUAAUAUGAGGGACAUGAUGACUGAAAUGGUCUAAAUCUUAAGAGGCCGAAUCAGUAAUUGAGUGCUGGUAGGCCUGUUUCGAAUGGUAUCGAAGGGAGCAGCUCCAGCGGUGACAAAGUUUCAGCUAACCCAAACUCAAGAACCUAUAGAGUCAAAUUCCUAGAAUGGAAAGGGGGGCAUCCCUGGAAGAAGAGCAACCCACUCAAGGAGAUGAAAUGUCAAGACUUCAUGAUGAGUACAAUGGCCUAAGCGCUGCCAUACAAAGAGACUUGUCUUUUACAGAGUACUAUGAAAUGAAGUCAAGAAAUGGGCAUGGGAGGAGAAGGUAUGAUGAGAAUCCUCGAAAGGAUAUACAAUGCUGCUUGGGAAAGAUCGCCAUCCCCACUUUUGAUGGAUUCGGAAAUUGUUCAACAAGAGCUUGAUGAUAAGGGUUUGAUGAAGAUGAAGAUUUAUAAGGGUUUCAACAGGAGAAAAUCUAGGUAGUGGAAGUCGUAAUACGGCAGCUGCACUUUGGAUAGCAAUGACAAAGGGGAAAUGGAUGAUGGACGGUGGCUUUAUGUGGAUGGCUGUAGUUUAACUGAUGAUUUUCCAUUUGAAGACAUGAAUUAUGGUGAUGGAUAUGGCAUUUUCGCUGGUGUAUUAAAGUUUCUCUUUUCACCUGAGUUAUCAAAUCAAGGAAGAGACUGCAACAAAAAUCCACAACCAUUGCUUCACGCGGAAUUUCUAUUCAAAAUAGACUCUAGACUAAAUUUGCGAUCAAUUUAAGUAGGUUUUAAGCACAAGCCCUGGAGGCAAAGGAACAGUGUCUUCUCCUGUAGCUGAUAUAUCCUCUAACAUUCCUAUUUUUUUAACUAUGGUAAAUGUACUCCAGAUUAAAAACAUUUUCCAAAGAAAGUAAACCCUGGGAAAAGCAUAAAAAGAGCUAUUAAAUUGCUAGAAAUAAAAGGAAGCCGCGGUUGAUUAGAGAGAGGGAGAGAGAGUUCAUUACAUUGUGUGUUGAAUUAAGACAGUGUUAUUGGUCAUUGAUGUUGUACAUUGGGCCUAGAAAACUCUGGAAUCACUGCUUUUUGGCGCACCUACUAUGAGGUGGCUUCACAUUGUUAAAUUUUCUCUAAUGUGCUGUUCAUGACAAAGAAAGCAGGUGUGUUGGAUGCUGUAGUUUAGCUGGAGUAGCAUGUGAGAUAACGCAUUUUGUAUCCAGUUUACAAAAUAAUUGGCUCUAUUGGAUAUUAA